UUAAAUUAUUUUAAAUUUUAAUACUCUCUAUUUAAAAUUUAUUAUAAUUUAUUUAUUAUUUUUACCUAUUCAAAAAGAAGAUAAUUUUUUUUAUAAUAAUAAUUUUAGAUAUUAAUAUUACACACUAUUAUUUCAUUUUAAUUUUAAAAAAUAAUUUUAAAAUUUACAAACUAUUUAUUUUUAAUAUAUUAAAUUUUCAGAUGAAAUAUUUAUUUUUUUAUUCAUACUAACUAUAAAAAAUAAUAUUAUUUUUCUUGAAACUUAAUUUUUUUACGCACUAUUUUUAAAAUAAAUUAUAUUUUUUAUUAUUUUUUAUUUACAAUCUAAUUAUUUUAUAAAUUUAUUUUUUUU